UCGGAGCGGGCGGGGGGCGGAGCAGCCGUGCUGGACCCACGCUGUAAACAGACAAUAUGGCGGUAGCAGCGGCCCCCGGAGCUUUGGGUGCCCUACAGGCUGGCCGGGCCCGCCUAGUGGCCGCUUGCUGCACGCGGCUCGGUCCUGGGGGGAGGCUGUCAGGUUCUUGGGCGGCUGGUCGGAUGGGCCCAGCGCACUGGGCCCAGAGUUGGACGCCCGCGGUCCGGGGUCCCGCCCCGAGGAGGGGCUACAGCGCUGAGGGGAAGACGGAGGACGAGCUGCGGGUUCGGCACCUGGAGGACGAGAACCGAGGAAUUGUGGUACUUGGAAUAAACAGAGCAUAUGGGAAAAAUUCACUCAGUAAAAAUCUUAUAAAAAUGUUAUCAAAAGCUGUGGAUGCUUUAAAGUCUGAUAAGAAAGUUCGGACCAUAAUAAUCAGAAGUGAGGUCCCAGGAAUAUUCUGUGCUGGUGCUGACCUUAAGGAACGAGCUAAAAUGCAUUCCAGUGAAGUUGGUCCUUUUGUCUCCAAAAUAAGAGCAGUAAUUAAUGAUAUUGCUAAUCUGCCGGUGCCAACGAUUGCAGCAAUAGAUGGACUUGCUUUAGGUGGUGGUCUUGAACUGGCUCUAGCAUGUGAUAUACGAGUAGCAGCUUCUUCUGCAAAAAUGGGCCUGGUUGAAACAAAGCUGGCGAUUAUUCCUGGUGGAGGAGGCACACAAAGAUUACCACGUGCCAUCGGGAUGUCCUUGGCCAAGGAGCUCAUCUUCUCAGCACGAGUGCUGGAUGGCCAGGAAGCCAAAGCAGUGGGCUUGAUCAGCCAUGUUCUAGAGCAGAACCAGGAGGGGGACGCUGCCUACCGAAAGGCCCUGGACCUGGCAAGAGAGUUUCUACCUCAGGGACCUGUUGCAAUGAGAGUGGCGAAAUUAGCCAUUAAUCAAGGGAUGGAGGUCGACUUAGUAACGGGAUUAGCCAUAGAAGAAGCUUGUUACGCUCAGACCAUUUCUACAAAAGACAGACUUGAAGGUCUUCUUGCUUUUAAAGAGAAAAGGCCUCCUCGCUUUAAAGGUGAAUAGAAGGAGCAGAUGUUGGUACAGUGCUGCUGUACUGAAGGUACUUCUGGAAGUACCUUUGCGAUCCACCCUAUGCCUCAGCUCAGCCCACGGACCCACCAUGACCAAAGUGAGGAGCUGCUCGUGUCUUGAGUUUGUGUCUGAAAUGACCACCCUGUACUUCCUGCCAAGUGUAUCAUGUCAUAGUCAUUCAUAUUUAUAAGGCUAAUAGUGUACUGUCAGAAACAUUACAAUUAGGUAUAUGUUUUUAAAUAUUUCCUGCAUAUGAGGCUUUCUGGUCUUAAUUUUUUAAUGUGAAUAAUUUAUAUAUUGCACACUCUAGGGAAUAAUAUUGACUGUAUGUCUACUGUGCUGCAUUAAGAAAAUAAAAUCAUUUCUGUAUACCAAAAAUGUGAAGUUAUACCAAAUAAAGUUUCUAAGUGAUUAGAUACAUAUGAACAAGUACACAUAUGUACAUCUCAACUAGAAAAAUGAAUUGAUCUUCUGAGUGAAAACUACCUAAUAUAAAUAAAAUACGUGAAAACAA